GCUUUUGAGUGUGAGCAAGAGUGUUAUUUGUUCUAAAGUUGUUUUCUUCUUGGCCAUGGCCAUGGAUUCCAACUACUCCAAGCUUCCUGUAAUGCUGAAUGCUUUGUUGGUUGUUCUGUUAGCUUCCUGGGUUUGUUCAGUUUCUGCUUCUGUUUCAUAUGAUCAUAUAGCUAUCACCAUUAAUGGCCAAAGAAGGAUCCUCCUUUCUGGUUCCAUUCAUUACCCAAGAAGCUCCCCUGAGAUGUGGCCAGAUCUUAUACAUAAGGCUAAAGAAGGAGGGCUAGACGUGAUUCAGACAUAUGUUUUUUGGAAUGGACAUGAGCCUGCACCUGGGAAAUAUUACUUCGGAGGCAACUAUGAUUUGGUCAAAUUUAUCAAGCUGGUGAAGCAAGCAGGUCUCUAUGUUCAUCUGAGGAUUGGUCCUUAUGUCUGUGCUGAGUGGAACUUUGGGGGUUUUCCUGUUUGGUUGAAGUAUGUUCCCGGUAUCAGUUUCAGAACGAACAAUGGACCUUUUAAGGCUCAAAUGCAAAGAUUUACAAAAAAGAUUGUGGAUAUGAUGAAAGCUGAAAGGUUGUUUGAGUCUCAAGGGGGUCCUAUUAUUCUAUCUCAGAUUGAGAACGAAUAUGGGUCCAUGGAAUACGAACUCGGUGCUCCUGGUAAAGCUUAUAGUUAUUGGGCAGCUAAAAUGGCUUUGGGACUAGGCACUGGUGUCCCCUGGGUCAUGUGCAAGCAAGAUGAUGCUCCGGACCCUAUUAUUAAUACCUGCAAUGGUUUCUACUGUGACUACUUUUCUCCAAACAAGGCUUACAAACCGAAGAUGUGGACUGAAGCCUGGACAGGCUGGUAUACCGAGUUUGGAGGGAAAGUUCCUUACAGACUUGCUGAGGACUUGGCAUUUUCAGUUGCAAGGUUUAUACAAAAAGGAGGAUCAUACAUUAAUUAUUAUAUGUAUCAUGGAGGAACAAAUUUUGGCCGAACUGCCGGGGGUCCUUUCAUUGCUACUAGCUAUGAUUAUGAUGCUCCUCUCGAUGAAUACGGAUUAAAGAGGCAACCCAAGUGGGGACAUUUGAAAGAUUUGCAUAGAGCUAUAAAGCUUUGUGAACCAGCUUUAGUUAACGGGGAUCCGAUCGUACAGCGACUUGGAAACUUUCAGGAGGCUCAUGUAUUCAAAUAUAAGGCCGGAGGUUGUGCUGCCUUCCUUGCAAAUUACAACCCGAGAGCUUACGCAACAGUUGCCUUUCAGAACAAGCACUACAACCUGCCCCCUUGGUCCAUCAGCAUUCUUCCCGAUUGCAAGAACACCGUGUAUAACACUGCAAGGGUUGGAGCCCAAAUUGCACGGAAGAAAAUGGUUCCCGUUCCCAUGCACGGGGGAUUCUCUUGGCAGGCAUACACUGAAGGGACUGCAUCCGAUGCUGAUGGUUCAUUCACGAUGGUCGGUUUGUUGGAGCAGAUAAAUGCAACUAGAGAUGCAACUGACUAUUUGUGGUACACAACAGAUGUUAAGAUUGACUCCAAUGAAGGAUUCUUGAGGAAUGGAAAAUCUCCUGUUCUUACCGUCUUAUCAGCCGGCCAUGCUUUGCAUGUCUUUGUCAAUGAUCAACUAUCAGGAAGUUCCUAUGGAAGUUUAGAAUUCCCGAAACUAACAUUCAGCCAAGGCGUUAAUUUGAGAGCUGGUAUCAAUAAAAUUUCGCUUCUAAGCAUUGCUGUUGGUCUCCCGAAUGUUGGUCCACAUUUUGAGACAUGGAAUGCCGGUGUUCUUGGCCCGGUUACACUGAAUGGUCUCAACGAGGGAAAGAGGGAUCUCUCGUGGCAGAAAUGGUCUUACAAGGUUGGCCUUAAGGGAGAGGCCUUGAAUCUUCAUUCAAUAAGUGGUAGUUCAUCAGUGGAGUGGGCACAGAGGUCGUUUGUCACACGAAGGCAGCCACUUACAUGGUACAAAACGACUUUCAAUGCUCCGGCUGGAAAUUCGCCAUUGGCUUUAGAUAUGACUAGUAUGGGAAAAGGCCAGAUUUGGAUAAAUGGAAAGAGCAUCGGACGCCACUGGCCUGCAUACAAAGCUUCUGGAAAUUGUGGUGUAUGUAGUUAUGCCGGAACAUUUAACGAGAAGAAAUGUGGAACUAACUGUGGAGAGGCCUCUCAAAGAUGGUACCAUGUUCCUCGUUCAUGGCUCAAUCCAACAGGGAAUUUGUUGGUUGUGUUUGAGGAAUGGGGUGGAGACCCGAAUGCAAUUUCUUUGGUACGCCGAGAGACCGACAGUGUCUGUGCUGACAUCUAUGAAUGGCAACCGAACUUAAUGAACUAUCUGAUGCAAGCCUCUGGUAAAGUCAACAAACCCCUAAGGCCAAAAGUGCAUUUGGAGUGCGAUGCCGGGCAGAAAAUCUCUGCAGUAAAGUUUGCCAGCUUCGGAACACCGGAAGGUGUUUGCGGAAGCUACCGCGAGGGAAACUGUCAUGCACACCACUCUUAUGAUGCAUUUAACAGGCUAUGUGUUGGGCAGAACUUCUGCACCGUAACCGUAGCACCUGAGAUGUUCGGAGGAGACCCGUGUCCUAGUGUCAUGAAGAAACUCUCCGUGGAGGUCAUUUGCAGCUGACCGAACACGUCGAAAAUCGCCGGAAUAAACAACCAUCUUCUCUAAGUCCACACACCAAGAUUGCAACCAUUUGUUCUGGCUUUUUUGCAGGGUCAAGUUGUACAAACACACAACACCCUCCCGGCAAGAAGCUCAUUAGAUUGUGAAAUGAUUGCAGAAUAAGCUCUAUGUAUAUAUACACAUAUGUUUGUUCCUGCAUCAUAUAUCAAAGAAGUGAUCGGAACCGAGUCCGUGCGCAAAGUGUUGUAUUAUUUAGGAUAACAAGAAAACCUCUGGUUUCUACUAGUAAAAGUCUUGUAAUAUAUAUUUGAAGUCACUGGGAAGCAAUCUGUUUCAUUGCUUUGUUCUCGUAGGGACAGCUUGAGAAGAUAAUAAAACCAUGUCUUUCAU